AUUGCCGAUUAAAGCAGGAAUCAGGCUGCUCGCUCUAAAAAUCGUGUCCCGGCUUCCCCCGCCCCAAAUUCCCUGGAUAAUUCCAGGCAAACCGCACAGAAGGGUGACAGGGAGAGCACAGUGAGCACAACGUGAUCCUGGGCUUUAUAAAAAAUGCCAGUCGGGAACACGCGUUCAAACGCCCUGAACACUGAAGAAAUGCUCAUUAAUGAUCAAGCCUCGCUUAUAUGGAACGUGUUCCAUUUAACGCUUUGUGUCUAAUUAAUGAAGAAAUGUGCUAUUAAUGAGGCCAUGGGAAGAAGAGCAGUGGGCACUCGCUGGUGCCAGCCAGGAGAAAUGCAAGGCACAGAGCCCUGGGAUGUAAUUCCAGCUUUAUAAAUGUGCUUCAAGGUUCUGCUGUGCUUCCUUGGUGAACAAUGAAGGUUCUGCUGCUGAAGGAUCCCAAAGACAAAGAUUCAGGACCAGAUCCUUAUACUGAAGAAUUAGGAUCAUACAACUUGGAAGCAACCUUGAUCCCAGUUUUGUCAUUUGAAUUUACCUCUCUUGACAGCUUAUUUGAGAAGCUUUCCCAUCCAGAGUGCUAUGGAGGCCUAGUUUUUACCAGCCCAAGAGCAUUAGAAGCCAUCAAGAUAUGUUUAAAAGAGAAGAGUAAAAAGGAGGCCUGGUCAAAAUCUCUUAAACAAAUGUGGAAUAUCAAACCAACAUAUGUGGUAGGAAAAGCCACAGCCUCUUUAGUGGAAGAAAUUGGUCUUGUUCCACAAGGAGAAAUGGCUGGAAAUGCUGAGAAAUUAGCUGAAUAUAUUUGUUCAAGAGAGAAACCCAAUUCCUCAGCUCUCCUAUUUCCUUGUGGAGCCCUGAAAAGAGAAGUACUUCCUACAGUGCUUAGAGAAAAAGGCAUACCCCUGGAAAGCCUCACUGUGUAUCAAACAGCCCAGCACCCUGAUCUGCAGGAAUCUCUGAGCAGUUACUUCUCCCAACAGGGGAUCCCUGCCAGCAUCGUGUUCUUCAGCCCCUCUGGUGUCAAAUUCUGCCUCCAGCACAUCCAGAAGCUUUCAGGGGAUUUGAUCAACCAAGUCAAGUUUGCUGCCAUCGGCCCCAGCACAGCAAAGGCCCUGCGAGAUGCCGGCGUCGCCGUGAGCUGCACUGCAGGGAGCCCCACGGCCCAGGACCUGGCUGCUGCCAUCCACACAGCCCUGCAGCCACCAAACUGCUCCCACUGACAGCCCAGCCUGCCCAGCAAGCACUCCAGGAGGGCUUUUGCAGUCUGCAGACCCAUGGGGUUUGGGAUUAUGAAGCACUGUCCUGGUCAGGGAUGGGUGCGAGAAGGUUGCACUUCAAUAUCUUAAGAAAUCUGGGAUCUGUCCAGCAUCCUUAAAGCAUCCAGCUCUUCCCUUUCCUCCUGUGUGCACUGUGAAUAUUUCAUCCUUGACAAGCAGCUGUGAACACUGAGAUUCUGCAAUCAGCCCCACACCUCACCUCAGGUAUCCCCCAGCACACAGCUCAGGUUGGAUUUCUCUGUAUGAUCAGUUUUAUUUGCACAUCUUCUUUUGUAGAAAAAAAACCCAUAUUCCAAUGAAGUGUUUUCUUUUGUAAACUUGUUUGCUUGUUAUUCUGCUUUUCAAACACUUGUAUAAAAUGUUAAUUGUAGAUUCUUAGUGGAACAGGAGGAUUCUUGCUGUGAAGUUGCUCUGUGUGGGGCUGUUGUCAGUUCAGGUCAGCUCUUGCCCCUUGUUACCCUAACAGGGUCUUCAAAAUUAGCUUUUGGUUUCUGUUCCUGUAAUGAAGGAUUUAUGAACAGGGAAAUAAACUGGCUUAUCAGAGUUAAUAA